GACCAAUAAAUUUAUUUAUUUUCUUUUAAAGUCAUACAUGUCAUUAUAUAUCUUAGUUGAUUAAAAAAAGGCAAAAAAAAAUCCAUUUUAAAAAACAGCUGGUUCCAUGGAAAAAGAUAGCACAUCAAAGGAUUUAUUUAGCAAUUUACCAAAAGAAAUUCUUGGGCACAUAGUUUCUUUUCUACCAAAUGAAAUAGCAAUGGAAACCAUUCUAAUUUCUACAAGGUGGAGAGACUUGUGGAAUGAAUCUAUAGUUAGAUAUGGAACAAAACAAGACAUCACUAAUGUUGUUUGUAAAUUUCUUACAAGUUUUGAAGAGCUUGAUCCAUUGAAGCAUCCAAGAAAACUUCAAUUCCAUUUUGAUGAAGAAAGUGUAUUAUUAGCUACUAUUGCAAAUAAUAGUAAGCUUUUAUUAGAUUUCUCUCCUUGGAAGAAAGAAUUGAUUGAAAAUAUUCAAAUGCAUUAUGAACUUCAAUUCAAGCUCAAUAACCAAAAAAAGAUAAGUUAUCAAUCUUUUACUUCCAAUUUCUUAGUCAAAACUCUUUAUUUGAAAUCAAUAAUUUAUUUGACUAGUGAGGUAGCUUCAUCAAUUAUUUCAAAUUUGGAUCAUCUUGAGAAUUUGGUAAUCAUUUCAUGCAAUGGAUUGGAAUGUUUGAGCAUUGACUCAAAUUUUGAGCUUCACAAAUUAACCAUAUUGGAUUGCUUACAAUUGAAGAAACUCCACCUUAAAACGUCUAAACUCAAAUCAUUUAAAUAUCAAGGACUUAUGCCUUUGAUUUUUCCUGAAUUUCAUUUCAACCUUAGUGAUGCCAUGCUUGAUUUUAGAUUAGGACCAAGUUGCAUUGACAUUAAGACUAAGGAUUUUGAUGCAACUUUAUUGACAAUAAAGAAUUCUCAAGUUCUUACACUUUGUAGAUGGACUUUUGAGGAAUUAAUAUUGCCAUCAAUUUCUCCUCCAUAUGGAUGCUUUAAUUUCUAUAAAUUAAGAGAGCUAUAUUGGAUUGAUAGCUUUAAUAAAGAUGAAUAUUGCAUGGAUGCAUUAUUCUCCUUCUUGAAAUUAUGUCCUUCCUUGGAACAACUUUUUGUGACGAUUGAUGAUAGAAGUUAUUCAUCUAGAAGGUCCAAUGCAUGCUUAAUGCAAGCAACUAAAUGUACAAAAUUAGAGCAUAUAAAAUUGAUAAAGUUUAUGGGGUUUACAAAUAGAAAAGAUGAAAUUUCAUUGGCAAAAUGUUUGAUUAAUCUAAUCAAAAGAAAUAUUCCAAAGAUAAACACAUCGGAUGGGAGUUGCUUGGACGUAGAGUUUAUGCAGUGAUUUUUUUACAUCAACCAUAGCAAAUUAAGGCAAUUAAUAAAUUAUAAAAAUGCCCCCAUGGAUGUUUAUGCAUGAUAUAUAUUAUAAAUAGAUUAGCCAAUUAUGUUAUUUUCUGUUAUAUUAUUUUUUAAUUAAAACAAUGUGUUUCUGAAUUUAAAUAGAUCAAUUUUGAGGAGAAACAGAGCAAGUGAUGUAAUUUAAUCAAUU